AUGAGUGACAUUCCGACUAAAGUUGCUCCUGAAGAUGCGCCGUUCCCUUUAACAGACGUUGAUAAAUGGAUCUUAUCUCUGACCGACGAGGAGUACCAGUAUCAUGAUUGGGAAGAUGUGAAGAAAAUUAUAGAGGAGAAUAACCUCUCUGUUCUUAAGCGAAAACCAUCCGAUUUGCGACGAUACAUGAAAUGGACUGCCGAGAUUAAGAUAGAAUAUGGAUCCAUGACGAAUUAUCUCAUGAAGCACCGACUACCAAAAGUCUGGGGGUCUCCUCCCUUCAAACCAGCAUCCAUUACUCCAUUUGAAGACCCAUCCGACUAUAGAGUCUUGAUUAACGACUGGCCUUAUGGUAUGAUGCCAAAUAUGACUCAUAUAGUCGUUUGGUCAAGAACGACAAUUCCGACGGACACCGAGACUGGAGAUAUGACUACUGAAAGCCGCAACACCGUGAAGAACUUCGUGAAAAGGUUCUUCGUAGAUAAGCUAGGUCCAGGAGGAGAUGAUAAAGUCUUGUGGUUCAAGAACUGGGUUGCGCUACAAAGCGUGAGGGCACUAGAACACAUUCAUAUCAUCGUCAGAGAUGUUGACAAAGACACCUUGGAUAAGUGGACCGAGGAACUCGAUUGCCAUAGGUUGCUGAACUAG